GUUUACUCGUAAUUAUAGAUUAAUUUAUUUUAAAAGGAGGGGCCUGUAGAGUUCUGCUACUACGUGAACAGGUAGAGCCCUGCGUGUGACGUCAUGGCCCACAGGUGUGGUAAUUUGAAUCAGGUAGAUAUCGCAGCAUUUGCAAGCGAGCUGAAAAGAGGUGGAGACCCCUCGCGCUUCACAAACAGGAAGUAGAUGCUGGUGGUUUGUUUACGCCAAAAAAGGAAGGAAGGAAGGAAGGAGGUCUUUAUCUGGAAAGACUAAUCAAAGCGUCAGACAUAUCGAGGCUUGGUGUGACCGGUUGAAGCUUCUCCGCUCAUCCUCCGAGAAGCACGAGACAUUUCAGAGAAUAAUGUGCUUUGUGUUUGUGACCUUUUGUUGUACUUAAGUCGCGCGUAAAUAGUUUGGAUCCGUGAGAAGAAAACAUCUGUUUGUGCUGUGGAUUCAUCAGUGAAGAUUCUGGACUUCUAAAGCAGCGAUGGCGGCCAUCAACAUGGAGCAUCUGAACCCCCUCAACAAGGACCAGAGUAAUGCGCCGGUCAAUGGAGACGAGGAGGAGGAGGAGCCAAAGACGGGCUGUUUGGCAAAGCUUCACCAGUCGCUUCCUCAUUACAUGCUUCCAAAAGAGCUGCACAGCAAGUAUCUGAAGAAGGCCAACUGCUUGCCGCCCCCCAUCUUCAUCAUCCUCAUCAGUAUUGCAGAGCUGGGAGUGUUUAUCUACUACGCUGUUUGGAAACCUCAGAAGCAGUGGAUCACUCUGGAUCAAGGAAUCUGGGACAGCCCUCUGACAUACCGACCGGAUCAAAGACAGGAAGCGUGGCGUUUUUUGUCCUACAUGUUUGUCCACGCUGGUGUGGAGCAUAUUUUGGGGAACCUGUUGAUGCAGCUGUUGGUGGGCAUUCCAUUGGAAAUGGUGCACAAAGGGUUUGAGGUGGGAAUGGUUUACACGGCCGGCGUUAUUGCAGGGUCUUUGGCGAGUUCCAUCUUUGAUCCUCUCAAAGGGCUGGUGGGGGCUUCUGGGGGAGUGUAUGCCCUGUUGGGAGGCUAUUUCAUGAACGCAAUAGUGAAUUUUAGAGAAAUGAAUCCACUUUUUCGAGUUUUUCGAAUCUUGAUCAUAGUCAUAAUAGUGGGCUUCGACUUUGGAUUUGCUCUCUACAGAAGAUUUAUUGCCCAUGAAAAUCUGCAGGUGUCCUUUGUGGCUCACUUGGGAGGGAUUGCGGCCGGUAUGAGCAUAGGCUUUGUCUUCUUCAGCGCUUAUGACAAAGCGUUGCUCACGGACCUCCGUUUCUGGUUCUGCAUUGCGGGCUACUUGCUCUUCGUCGCCUUCGCUGUGCUCUACAACAUCUUCGUCUCCCCAGCACAGUGGUAGCUGCUGCCUAGAAAUUUAUGCCACUCAGGAAACUAAACUGUGUUUUCAGGGUAAUGUUUUUUUUUUAAUCAGGGACUUUGUGAAUGUUGAACACGUGCAGAAUUUACAUAAUCUGAUUGAUUGCAGUCUCGCCUACAGGGGUUUUUGUGCAGCGCUGUUAUCUAAUUAGACAAUUUCUGAGAACGCACUCUUGUUCUUUUAAUCCAGGAAGAACUUUGUUUCUAUUUUUUAACAUGUUUAACUGUUUUUAUCUUCAUACAUUCUUAUACAGUCCAUAUGUUUUCACACUAAUCAUAUCAUCUAGGAUGGAGGGCAUUUGCCUCCUCUCCCGUCAAAAGUGCCUAAAACACCAAACUUUUAGCUGUUCCUGGUUAGUCAGACUACCACCUUUACAAUCAUGCAGUAUUGAUGACCUGUUAUUUAAAUGUUGUGUCACACAAUAAGGUGCAGGUCACGUCAAUACUCUUUUUCAGAACACUAACAAACAGUUUUAUCUCUAUUUUUUUUUUUUUUUUUUGUCCUUCUUGAGGUCAGAUUUGUCAAAGGUGACAUGUACUGUAGUUUGCUGACAUCUUGAAUUACUGUUUGUUUGUUUUUUUACUUAUUGGAGUAUUUUAAAUUAACUUUACAGUUCUAAUACAUUACUUUAGGACUUGUGCUGCUUUUCUGUUGAUCAUGUUAACGGUUAAAGAAUUACAGUAUGUUAAAGAUUUUGUAUUUAAGCAUCACUGGCAGUGUCUCAGGUUCAUUUUUUUUAAAUCCAUGACUACAAGGAAACUACAAGCACUACUAGUAACUUAUUUUUUUUUCUACAGUUUAGUUUGUUUCUAUGUUUAAUAGCUUUUAAACAAUACCAGUUUUUAAGCUUAGAUCAUAAUUGUGCAAAAAAUACUGUCAUACAAUAAAACAAGAAUGCAUGAUUAAAGACCCACUCUGAUUAAAUUCUUGUUGUUGGUGUUUUAACAUUAUUUUGUGGCAUUUUUCUGAUGAUGAAGAACAAUUAUCAAGAAAAUUACAUUUCAGAGCAUUUCUUUAUUCAACUUGGUAAUCAGAAGCUGAUCAAAAAAUAGCUGUUUGAUAAGGUGCUUUUUGUGACAUAGAAAACUUUCUGGGUGUGCCACAAGCUUCCUGCUCUGAGUGAAGUAAAGAGGGGCGGGGUUGCUAUGCGUGUGCCAACAGUCCCGCCCACUACUCGGGGCGAA